GGUAUGGGAUUUAAAAAUGUCGCUCAGUUUUCGCUUAAAUUCGUUGCUAACUUCAGCCACUUAGUCAGUGUAUUGUAUAUUUUCGUGUGAGAAAUAUCUCUUUAUUUUGUAUCGUGAUUUUCCCUCAACUUUCUCCCUUGAUUUUCACUGAAUUUUGCUGCAAAAUCCCCUGAAAGUCAUGCUGCGUAUUUCCCAGUCAUUCCUCCGGAAGAUCCAAUCUCCGGGAGCCCGUGAAUUGCGAAGAUGCCUCGCUGCGACACCUCAGGUGAAAGUCGAGGAAGGACGUCCAGAGCCCCAAACAGCUAAGAAUCACUCCUUUGUCGCCAAUAUCUUCCGUGGGGAGCUCGAAACUUCCCAAUUGUUUCCCUAUCCGAGUGUCCUGGAUGAGGAACAACGGGAAUAUAUCGGUAGUUUUAUUGAUCCAGUGACGAAGUUCAUGACUGAGGUCAAUGAUGCUGCGAAAAAUGAUGAAAGGGGAGGAUUGGAUGAGGCUACGGCAAAUGGGUUCUGGGAAAUGGGAGCCUUUGCACUACAGGUACCUGCUGAACUGGGUGGUUUGGGAUUGAAUAACACCCAAUACGCGAGAAUGUGCGAAGUGAUGGGAGCUUAUGAUCUUGGUGCUGGAAUUGUCCUGGGAGCUCAUCAAUCCAUUGGUUUCAAGGGGAUUCUGAUGUAUGGAACGCCAGAACAGAAGAAGAAGUAUCUGCCUCAAGUGUCGACGGGGAAGGUUUUGGCAGCUUUCUGCCUUACUGAGCCUGGAUCUGGAUCUGAUGCUGCUUCCAUUAAAACUAGGGCUGUAAAAUCUCCGGAUGGCAAACAUUACAUUCUCAAUGGCUCGAAGAUCUGGAUAUCAAAUGGAGGAGUAGCUGAUCUCUUGACCGUUUUUGCCCAGACGGAAGUUGAGGAUCCCAAAACAGGUAAGAAGAAGGACAAAGUGACGGCAUUUUUCGUGGAAAGGGGCUUUGGUGGAGUCACCAGUGGGCCUCCGGAAGGAAAAAUGGGCAUUAAAGCUUCGAAUACUGCCGAGGUCUUCUUCGAGGAUGUCAAAAUCCCCGUGGAAAAUGUCAUUGGCGAGGUGGGAAAUGGAUUCAAAGUGGCCAUGAAUAUCCUCAAUAACGGAAGAUUCGGAAUGUCAGCCACCCUUUCCGGAACCAUGAGGGCUUGCAUAGAAAAGGCCACGGAGCAUGCAACGCAACGAGUACAAUUUGGUCAGAAGCUUUGUGAAUUCAAGGGCAUCCAGGAGAAACUGGCCAGGAUGUCAAUGCUCCAUUAUGCCACUCAAUCCAUGGCUUACAUGAUUUCCGGAAAUAUGGAUUCCGGAAGUGUGGAUUAUCACCUGGAAGCUGCCAUCUCGAAAGUUUUCGCCUCGGAGUGUGCCUGGUAUGUUUGCGAUGAAUCCAUUCAGAUUCUCGGUGGAAUGGGAUUUAUGAAAGCGGCUGGAUUGGAGAGAGUACUGCGAGACUUGAGGAUUUUCCGGAUUUUUGAGGGUGCAAAUGACAUCCUGAGGCUAUUUGUGGCUCUCACUGGGAUCCAAUAUGCAGGAUCUCAUCUGAAAGAACUCCAGCGGGCCUUCAAGAAUCCCGCUGCCAAUCUUGGAUUGAUCUUCCAGGAAUCCUCUAGGCGGGCAGUUCGCUCUCUCGGUUUCGGUGGCGUCGAUCUCAGUGGCCAUGUUCAUCCCAAGCUCCAGCCAGCCGCCAAACAAGUUGCCGAGUGUAUCACGCUCUUUGGUCAGGCUGUGGAGUCUCUGCUGAUCAAAUACAACAAGAACAUCGUCGAAGAGCAAUUCCUGCUCAAUCGACUGGCAGAUGCAGCUAUUGACAUUUACGCCAUGAGCGUGAUUCUCUCCCGGGCCAGCAGGGCCCUCAGCCAGGAGCUCCCAACGGCAGAUCAUGAAUUGCUGAUGGCAGAAUCGUGGGCAAUUGAGGGAUCAGAACGAGUUAAAAACAAUCUCAGGAAGACCAAUUCAACUGCCUUCCUGGAGAUGUACGGAAAGAUGAGCCAGCAGGCCAGGAAUAUCUGCCAAGCAGGAGGAAUUGUACAUACAAAUCCAAUCAAUGUCUGAACCUUGCACCUCUACUUAUCAUCCCCAGAGUUACAAAUUUCCCAGGGAAACCCGGAACAUCGGUUACUUUUUAAACAGUUGUGAUAAAUAAAUUAAUCCCCUUAUAAA